AUGGAAGGAACCGGCGAGAUACAAUCCACAGAUCAACAACAUCCGUUGGAUGAAAAACCAGUUGAUGUUUCCGAAAUAGCCAACAUUUUAUUUCAUGAUCUUAAAUUCACCAAUGGCAACAAUGAUAAAGAAGAUCAAUUCCAUAUCUAUCCUGAAUUGAUCCUACAACAAUCAGAACAUGGCAACAAAUACUAUUCAUCUUUCCAAUCUCAUUCUAAACAAUUCAUGACAGGAGAUCAACUGUCUAAUAACAAAAUACUACGAUGGUCAGACUCUACAAUCGAACAAACUCAAAAGCUUAUCUUAGAUCACUGGGGAAGUAACAAUGAUAUUAAGGAAGGUAAUAACAACAACAAGCAAAAACCAUCUACUACCACGACAGGUUCUUUGCGUGCUAACGCAUUAUUCAGCUGGUCAUCGAGUGACGCAUAUAUAGAAGCGAGGAAGAAGGAACUUCGUCGACUAAAAGGAGACUCUAACAUCAAGAGACAUGAUUUAAGCAAAUCAUCAAAUGGUCAUAUUGCAGACACUGAAGAAGACAAUAAGAAAACAAAGUUACAAGAAAGUUUAAAUAUUGCUUUCCCGAAACAAUCAAUCAACAAUAAAUUAAAUCGAAUAGUUGAAGCAGAAUCAAAUAAGUUCAUUCAUGCCCGUAUUCAACGAAUAAAGAAGCAUCACAAUGAUGAAAUGUCCAAACAGAUCCACGAAAGAAAGAGACGAGAUCACGAAGAAUAUCUCCGGAAAUUGAAGAUUAAAGAAGAAGAAUACGAGAAAUCAAUCCAAGCAGCAAUAGAAGCAAAUCAAAACAAACCAGGAUUCUUUGGAUCUUUGUUUGGAUUCAAUCCUACGUCUGCAUCCGCGAGUAGUUCUCAAGUGAAUACAUGGAAAAUUGGCGAGCUUGAGAAUACCAAUAUGGCAAGAGCUUCUAGCGAAAGUGUACACACUGCGGAUUCAAGUUCGGUUGCACCUUCAUCGUCAAAAAGCAAAAAAGGAUUUUCAUUGUUUGGAGUAUUUGCAUCAUCGUCACCAAAAAGAGAUCGUAGCAAGUCUACGUUGUUUGAAAAGGAUCGUCCGGUUGAUGCUCUCGAUACAGAAAAUAAGCCAAGUCUUUCAAUCGAAAAUCCUGCUAAGAAUUCAUCAGAAGCGCCCGAAAUAUUAAUCACUGGAAGUGAAUUAGAUAAGCAUUUCUCCGUUAGUCCGAGAGGAUCGAAAGAUGAAGAGAAACAUAUAGAUCAUGACGAUGAUGAUGAUGACGAUAUUUUCUCAGAGUUUGAAACUGUUUCACCAAAGCCUGCCGAAUUGAAGAUUGUUCAAAGUCCUAAACUUUCGCAUAAUUUCCUUGCAUUGAAAGAUGGAAAAGUACAACAAGCUAAUGAUGAUUUACUUUUGAAUCUUGACGGCCUGAAGGAGAAGAAGAAUGAAACUAGUUUAUUGGAUUUAUAG